UUUAUUAUCGAUUGUGUUUGGUCGUGUAAAGUGCAUAGAAAACGAAAUUAAUUCAUAAAAUUAUCCGGAAGCAGUUAUAAAUAUUUAAACAAGCUUUUUUGUUUUUCUUGUGCAUUUGGGUUAAUUUUGAUAUAAAGUUAAAACCUAAGUACUGAAGUUGAAUUGUAAUACCAAAAAAAGUGGACUAAACAGCGGCGAUAAUUUAGAAUGGUGAGAAUAUCCAAGCAAGGUAUACCAGCGGAAAGGCAAAGAGACCAAAAACGCAUAUAAAAAAAAAACAAAGCAAAAAGGAAAGGGACUUUUCAGGCGUCGUCGUCGUCGUUUUCUUGGUAUACAGAUUUGUAUUGCAAGCGGUACAACAACUUUGAAUACAUUACAAACAUUUUGGAUUUGAAAAUUUUUAUUACACUGAUACAUAUAAUACAGAAGUAAAUUGAAUUGUGCACAAGCUUUCCCACAAUCUAAAUUAAAAAUUUCACAAUGACCAACAUGGAGAAGCAACAUGAAAUGGUAAAACGCAGUCUGGUGCAAUUCAUUAGUGCCCACAUUCCAGGUGCAGAUUUUAGUGUAGUGGACGAAAUAGUUUUGCAGUAUAUUAUUUCCAUUUUGGAGGAAGCUUCACAAGAUCCAUGUUUCGAUGUUGAAGAUUUCGUCGAAAUGAUGGGCGCUUAUUUUGCCGAGUUUUCCUCAAUUGACCAGGGUAUUAUUUGCGAAUGGAUAUAUAAAUUGGCAAAUGAAUUGAACGAAAUGGAAAAGAAUCAAGGAAAUCAAAGUUCUACAAAUUUAUCCUUGAAUUCUUUGAGUCUUUCUGAUAUUAUACCCGAAUCAAAGUUACGUGCACGUAAUGCUUCCAUUUCUGAAAAGGAUGAACACGCCAUAAAUGGCAGCUGCGCAGGUGGGGCCGGGCCCAAGCGCGCACAGCAUUUAUCAGAAACUAGUGAUGGUGGUUCUACUGAUAGCUCAACUUGCGAUUAUUAUUUGGAUGAAGCCGAGGUUUUGCAAGAAAUGUUUCCAGACACAGCCUAUGUAGAGGUAAAACAUUGCAUUGCUAUAGCUAAAGGGGAUAUUGACAGCGCAACACAAAUUCUAUUGCACCGCCAAGAGACUGGCCAAAGUUUGACCGACAAAUCCAUUACAAUUACUGGACGUAAAAAUAUUGUUGUAGAUGAUGCCGAACUAAAAAAUCGUAUUAUUGAGAGAUACUCAUACGUUGAUAAAAAUGCAACUCAGCGUGAAUACAAGCCAAUGGUACCGAAAUUCGAACCAAAGAAAUUGGUUCGCUAUAGAGAUAACAAGAUUGUUUCAUUGAAAGGCGAACGUUAUACUGAAGUUAAGCGCGACGAGGAAGCUGAGUUAAAAAAACCCAAAAAGCAACUUCAACCGUAACUAAAGUUGUUGAAAUCCUGCUAUAAAUAUUUUAUAAAAAAGUUAAAACUGCUAAAACAAGAACGAAAGCAACCACUUGACGAAUAUAACAAGCAACCGCUUCAACAUUUAAAUCACCAUUUGAUAUUUAAAAAUUUGAAACAAAUUAUCACUACUAUAUCACUGAUAAUUGCACAUAAAAACGAACCCACACUACCAAUAACACUCAAACAAUUGCAUACGCUAAAAGGAACUAAACUAUUGGUUGAGAUACUUGAAAUCUCAACGACGAUUCAUGAAAACCAACAAGUUACAAAUUUUGCUGUUACAGCAACAAUUCUAAUAUUGAAGUCAUUAAUCUGCAAAAUUACAUUGCUCCCUAAGCGAUUUGUAAUUUUCAAAGCGCUCGAAUACCAAUGUAAAACUAAUUCCAAUUCCGUAUUCCCAAGCGCUUAUAAUACGACAGCGAAGUGCAUUUCUAAUUUAGACUCUAGAUGUGAAACUUUUGUGAUUUCCAAUACUAUUACUAGGAUAAUUGAAUAUUUAUUGUACACAAAAUCUCACGGCCAUACGAAUUUUGUGUAUCGCUGCAGCUAUUUAUCCAAUAUUUUACAGCGUAAAAGUCAAAAUAGUUAUAUUAUAUUUAUUUGUAAUAUUACGUUUAUUUUUUAUUUAAUUUUUAUUUUAUUUAUUGAAUUAGCGUGGAACGCUUUACAAAUAUCCUAUAAUUAUUUAGUAAUAUUUAUUGUUUUUGGUAAGCUACAACAAGAACAUAAAAUUAGUGGUAAUUUAAAAUUUUUAUGAGUUAAUAUUUUGUUUCGAGAAAUAAGUUGAUUUUACAACUGUCGAUAUUUGCUACUACUAUUUAAUAGGAAAUUAUGACAACGUCGGUACGCUGAUGGUUUUGCAUGGAGCUAGCAUUGUGAUAAAUGCAUAAGCGAAAAAGAGCAAACCAUCCGCAACAAAACUAUAUGUAUGUACAAGUAUAUGUAAAGCUCGAGUCUGCUAAACGAAAUUUAUAAAUUUAUUUCAUACGCCUGUGGUGCCUAAGUUCAAUUAAAUUCCGGCUCUUAAGUGCAAUAGCGUGCUGCUAUUGUGUAUAAGUUACAAAAUAUAUGAUUUAAUUAAAAAUGGUAAAAAAAACAAAUUAUAACAUAUAUGUAUUAACAAUUUAUUGUUAGCAGUUCACGAAUUUCGAAUUAACUUUUCGCUAGUUAUUGUCUGAAGCCAACAAUUAAUUUCUUUUGCUUUGCACUAAUCGGUUGAAGCAGCACUUACAUACAUAUGUAGAUAGAAAAUACGACCGAUAGACAUGUCUUUAAGACGCACGAGCUCAAAUAGACUUAUGAAUUUACCUAUAGCUAUGUUUAUAAUGCAAAUAUAGUAAUUUUUCAAGAUGAUGUUUUAUACUGUAUUUUAAUGUGUAAUUGAAUUGAAUGAUCGAAGUGUUAACAAAAUAUGGAUGAAAGUGCGAAGUGCGAAAAGAGUUAAAAUACGAACGAUUUUGAAAAAGACAUGCCAUACAUACAUAUACAUUAAUUAACAUUCGUAAAUCUACGCUUAAACUCGGUUUUUUUUUAAUUUAUUUUAUUGUUAUUUUUUUCUAUGUUAUUGCAAUAGAAUUUUAACUUUUCAUAUAGAAGUUAUUACUUUUUUAAAGGCACAUGCUAAAUAACACAUAAAAAGCGUUAUUUUUUAAGUUAAUACAGUGGACAUUUUCAAAAGUUAUUCAAAAUUGGAUAUGCCAUUUAGAGCCUUUCUGAAUUCUAACCUAUACAUGUAAAUUGAACUGAAUUGUUUGAUUUGCACUUAUUUUACUUUAUACAGCUAAUAGAACAAAACAGAACCUUAUUACCGAAAGCUAAAACUCAGCUAUUGAAGCAAAAGUUGCCAAAAAGUUGAAAUAAAAAGGAAAUAAAUAGAGUAAUCAAUAAAUCCUAAUAAUACUAGUCUCACAUCUAGAUGUACAUAAAUGAAUGCGAUUUGCCAUUUUUGCUGGAUGAAUAAAUGUAUGAAUACGCUAAAUUGGGAGCACAUUGGUUUUACGACACCGUAUUUGCUACCAUAAUACAAAAAAAAAAAAAGAAAAAAACACUCACAUAAACACACAGAAAACAGCAAUACACAAGAAUGUGUUUUGCAGUGCAAACGCAACUGCAUUUUGCAAGCGUUAUACGAAAAUUUAAACUCACUAAAAUUAAAAACAAAAAAAAAGUUGUAACUUAGUGUGCUUCAAUGUAAUUCCUAGUAAGCUACAUAAAAUGCGAACUUACCUACAUACAUACAAUACAUACAUACAUAUUACAUGUUUAACUAAAAUUCAAGUCAAGAAAAGUAGUGAAAUGAUCAUAAAAAGUCCUAACUUAAGCAUAUUAAAGUGUAUUAGAAAGAAAAAGAAAAAAGCGUUUAAACUUGCUGCUGUUGAUUAUAUAACACAGUUUGCACAAGUUAUUUAUCCCUUUCUUUGAUUACAACUUACCUUUUGAUUGUUGAAAAUGAAAUUUAAAAACAUGUUAAUUUCGAUUUAUGUUUUAUAUAAAUCAAUUAUUUUCAAAAUAUAUUUAAAAAUAAGUUAUAUUGCCGCAAAUAUUUACAAUAUAUUUUAGAUUAGUUUCAUUAUACAUUAAAAUAUAAACUAAUUUUUUUUUGAGUUACGGGGUUACGGGGUUAGGUGUGGUCAGAGACAUGCAAAAAUUACAGUUUAUUAUAUAUAUUUUUUGUUUUUUAUAAAAGUAAAAACAUAGCAUUUGGUUUAUAAAAAAAAAUCUUCGAUCAGCCAUUAGUUUUUAUGUUUUGAAAAAGCCGUAUAAUUAUAUUUCACUGUAAUUUAUUUAGCGGUUUUCGAGCUACAGUGCUCACCAGUUAAAAAAACAUAGUUUUGAAAUAAAAGUUUAAAGUUUUACACAAACUUUCCAGAGCGGCCGAAAAACCUUUGAAAAUGAUCGAAUAAUUCGAAAAAAUAUUUAUCUUCAGAUUUUCAGAUCAUAUUUCUAAGCUAUUUACGGGUUUCAUAUAGUCUCACAAAGUUGUAAGUUAUGACGAACCGAAAACAUUGUGUUGCGAAUUUUAAUUAAACUCAUUUUUGUAUGUAAUCCAACAACAAUUUUUUUAAAGAAGUGUAAAAAUUUAUGAUUUUAUGAUUUAACGAUGCGUUAUGACUACUAAGUUGUGAGUCCCCUCAUUAUACUUUAAGAUAAUGCAAAAUAAUCAAUUUGUUUUUGAAAAUUCUGACUACCCCUAACUCCUUAUAGACACGAAAUACUGUGAAUUGUAUGCAAUUUACUAAAUCUGAAUAGUAAAUCGAUUUUUUUGUUUAUAGUUUCUUGCUUAAAUUGUCAGACGGCAAAUACAGUUAAAAUAAUUUGAUAGCAAUAUUUAAUAAGUAUAUAAAUAUUAAUAUACAUAUGUAUGUUUUUUCACAUAUUGCAUCACAUAUUUAUAUUUAUAAAUUAUUAUUAUUACUAUGAUUAUAAAUUGAAAUUAAAAAUAGUUACCUAAAUUUAAACAGCCGCAAAAACCGCAAGUACUUUGUUAUAUAACUCGCUGACAUAUUAUUUAUUCCAUUCAUAUAAAAAUUUGCAUUUUUAGUUUAGAUAUUAAAUAAGUUUGUAGUUUAGUUUUUAAAUUUUAUUUUAAUUAUCUUAUUAAUUUUAUUUCAUUGUAACCUGAAACAAAGUCGUUGAUGGCUUGAUGCCUUAAUUUUACAUAUAUUCUUAUUAAAAUGCAAAUGAAAAAUAGCUCUAACUUUGUACACUUUGCGGUCGUAAUUGCCACUCCAUGAAUUCGCAAUUAAUCAACUCACACAUACUGAUAUUAUAAUUCGAAUUACACACAUAAUAUUUACAUAUAUUUUAAAUAAUAUUUAUUUUAACCGUGCACAAUUAGAUAUCUAAUUAAAUGAAUUAUUAUUUUAUAAAAGAAAAACUUACCGAUCCAAACAGGCUUAGAUCGCCUAAUUAUAAUUUAAUUCUUAUGCAAUGCUCUUGCCUAAAUUCACCAAACUGAAUUGUGUUAACACUUUCUUUUCUUUUUGUUCAUGUUUAUGUUUAAUAAGUUUCUUUAUAUUUAUUGUGAUAUUAGUAUAAUUUCAUCACAAUUGAAAAUUAAUACGCUAUAACCUAAAACAGAUAUUAAAAGAA